AUGCGUCAAUUCGAUUACAUGGAUUUCGCCUGCCUCCUCCUCAUUUACCCCCUCGACCUCUCCCACAACUACCUCACAGGACCUGCAGUGACGCCUCUUGCUGCACGCACCCUGGAUCUCUCCAGCAACUACCUCUCGGGCCCUCUGCCCGACGGGGCAUGCCAGCCUCUCUCUUUUGAUGCCAACUGCUUCACGCUGCCGCUUGGCUGUGCCUUGGUACCGCAGCGGCAGGAGGCAGCAUGCAAUUCAUUCUGUGGCGUCUCCUCUGCUGCUGCUGCUGCUGCUGCGUGUGGAGGGCAUGGGGUGUGCUAUCCAGAGGGAGCUAGCUUGGCGCCCAGAUGUCUGUGCGACGCGGGAUUUGUGCAAUUUGGAGAGAUCAGCUGUGUUGCUCAAGGCCAGAACAAGAAUUACUCAAGCAGCCAGCCGGUUCUCCAGCCAGCAUCUGUGCUCACCAAGGGGACGCAGCGGGAGACAGGGGGGAACUUCACGGCAGCGCCGAUGACGCUGUUUGUGUACGAGGCAGGGCAGACACGGUUGGGGUGUGGGCUGGAGCUCGCCUUCCACGCCAACUUCACCUUUUCCUUCUCUCCUGGAACCGGCCGCGUGGGCUUCAACGGCUUUGCCUUUGUCGUCUCUGUGACAGACCGGGUGGGGAGUGGUGCAGGUGUGGGGUAUGGUGGAAUGGAAACGCGGAGAAUUGCAGUUGAGUUUGACACGCUGCAGAACAAGGAGCAUGGCGACAUGAGCAGCCAGCACGUAGGGCUGAACAUUCGAGGCGAGGACAAGUCGCUAGCUGCUGUGAGGUCGCCCUUCCCUCUGAGCAACAGGAAGGCGUACACGGCGUGGGUGGACUAUGAGCCGGGGGACCCCGGCACCAUCCAGGACUUCCUGGCUGACUCGCAGGAGAAGCCGCAGGAGGCACUGCUGGAGAGGAGGCUGGCGCUGUGUGAGGUGCUGCAGGGUGCAGCCGAGCAGCCCGCCUUCUUCUUUGGCUUCGUGUCGUCCACCACUGUGAAGCCGUUUCAGCGCCACGUCAUUCUUGAAUCGACAGUGGACACAGGUAAGCAGAGUGUGCUGUUAGAAGGAUGA